AUGGGACAGCUACCACCGGAGAGGGUUAAUCGAGCACACCCCUUUCAAUACGUCGGAGUAGGUUUUGCGGGACCAGCGUAUCUUAAAUCAAGCACACACAAAGGAGCUCCUGUAAAGUCAUACGUUGCGGUGUUUGUUUGCCUGGCGGUCAAAGAAGCGCACCUUGAGUUCGUGUCGGAUCUCACGUCGGCUGCAUUCAUCGCGGCACUUCGUCGUUUUAUUGCGCGCAGGAGAUUACCGAAUACCAUCUUCUGUGAUAACGCAUCAAAUUUUACUGCAGCCCACAGAGAACUCAAAGACCAUCGACAGAUGUUCCUGUCGCAGAAUCACAAAAAUGCUAUUGUACUAGAAGCAAGUACAAAAAAAUUAGCCUUUCACUUCAUACCACCACAUGCUCCUACUUUUGGUGGGUUAUGGGAGGCUUGCGUCAAGUUUUUCAAGCAUCAUCUUCGCAGAAUAGUUGGAAAUAGUCAGCUGCCGUAUGAUGCCUUUACUACCGUGCUUGUGCAAAUUGAAGCAUGCCUUAACUCUCGACCAAUUACUCCACUGUCCAAUGAUCCGAACGAUGAAGAAGCACUUAUUCCAGGACAUCUCAUCAUCGGACGAUCGCUUUUAGCCGUACCUGAACCCGAUUUAGCGCACAUUCCAGAAAAUCGUUUGGAUCUUUGGCAAAAAAUGCAAAGUUUCACGCAACACUUUUGGAAACGAUGGAGCAAGGAGUAUCUGUGUACCUUGCAGCUCCGGUACAAGUGGUCUACGGUGAAUCAAAAUUUGCUGAAAGAUUCCAUCGUUUUGAUUCGGGAUGACAACCUCCCAGUUGGAAGAUGGUCGAUGGGCAGAGUAAUUUCAGUCGAUUUCGAAGAUGAUAACCUCGUUCAAGUUGCAACUGUAAAGAUUUCCGGUGUAGCCAAACCAGUAAAACGUCCGAUUACGAAGUUGUGCCUUUUACUGAUCGAGAUAGAUCCAGGAAUCAUCGAAGCGUGUCCGUCAUCAACCUCCGACCAAGGCGUGACCUAUGGUAUGUGA